UUGUUUUAUUACUAUGUUUAGUUUCACUUUUUUAGAGCCAAUUUCCGAGGAAAUUUUGUUUUCUGUCGGCUUUGACUCUGGAGACUUUUAUGUCGUCCGCUGGCUUUAAUUUCCCUUAUUUGGGUUUUGUAUUUCACUUUGGUAUCAUUUCAAGAUCAAUAAACUAAUAGUUUGAGUAAAAAAAAAAAUGGUAUAGAGAGCCCAGGCAGGCUCAUGUCAUGUGAAUCUUGCCACAUCACUAACAUAAUUAAUAUCGGAAAACUUCAAUGGGUGUUAUCGUCAUUUCCCUAAAAAGAACAACGAGACAAUCGACGGUUACGGCGGCGUAAACCUUAUCGGACGAAUGAAGAUCUGUCGCUCUCCUUCCUCCGUCGUACUCUCUCUAUUCAUCCAAGUCCUUACUCUAGCCGUCGCUCUCGAUCCUUCGCAGCCAGACGAAUCCAACAUCACCGCAACACCGAUUCUACAGGAUGUGCUGAAGGAGAUAUCGGUGAAGCAGAAGUGGAAUCUAGAGGAAGUUAGAUUUUCGAAAUUGGAAGUUAAGAAGAUUCGUAUUGGUACGAGUCGGAGAUUUGAGAUCCGGAUCCGAUUAGGGAAGAGCAGAUUCGUAUUCAUCUUCCCGGAUGAAAUAACAGAUUGGAGAAGAAGCGGCGGGGGUAGUGAUGUUGAGUUGCAGGAACUAGUUCGGGAAGUUAAUUCGAGUAAGGUUCUUGAUCCGCCGCUUGUAUUGAAAGGUCCAUUUGAGCUACUUGUCGAUGGCAAUGAUCGUCUCUCGCUUUCGUUACCGAUGAACAUUUCACAUAGCGGUUUAAAACGAGUUCUUGUGAGUGAGGGCAUCUCAGUAGAAAUAAGGGAAGCUCAAGCAGUCUCUCUAUUCCACUCAUCCCAUCGAAGAUACGCUGCUACUGUCGAUCCUGUAAAUAUUAAAGAAGGAAGUUCUUUAUGGUCGUUUUGGGGUUCUGUGUGUGUGCCAUUGCCUCCCAUACAAAUCAUAGGGUCAGCUUCAUUGGUUGCGUUUAGGACUUCAAAUGCAACUACGCAAAUCAAGACUUCGUACUUAUCAGAUGAGGCAAUCCAUUUAUAUGCAGAAAAAUGUUAUUAUAAAGCUCACACGUACAGGCAGCAUCGGUUCCCAAAUGAUCUUCUUGGCUUAAAGAUCCACAAGUUGGAGAAAGUUCUGAACUCUUUAGGGAAUGGAACACGACAAACAGUGAGUUCUGUAACAGCUAAACUAAAGGCAUCAGGAAUGGUACGGUUUCAGUUAGAGAUCGAGAGAAGUAUUGGGAAGAAUGAGAGUGUGAUAAGUAAAAAAGUAGCAUGGAGAACAAAACCGAAGAUCGAACGGGUUUGGUUUGAAGUAACGGCGAAAAUCGAAGGAGAUAAGUUGAAAGCAGUGAGGCUGAGAAAAGUAGUGCCUUUCAUUGAAGUGGAUACAGAAGCAUGGAGCAGUUUGAUGUCUAACAUGUCAUUCACAAAGUUUCCAUCAUUACUUGUUCCUCAAGAAGCUUUAACACUCGAUGUCAAAUGGUAGGCGCAACACUUUUAUACGUUUGAUAAUCUUCCAUAAGGCAGAAACCACAGUGUAACGAUGGAUUGUAUUUACUCGUCCUUGUAUGUAUGUAUAUACUUCUGGUUCUGUAAAGGAUUAUUUAUCACGAAAACUGGUGAAAGGAGUUGUUACGAAUCAUUGCAUAUUUUGCAUGAACAAGUUUUGGAUUUUGAGCAUGUGUUAAUUUUACAU